GCCCUAGCUACUGUGACUGUGAUUGUCUUCGCCCUCCACCUGUUGUAGUAUCCUCCUGCCCUUACCCGGAGUAGAGUUAGUACCUCACCCCUCUUUGGGGUAAAACACCAUCUACCCCGCUAGCUGGGGAAGCCUCGCCAUCUACCCCCUGUGGAGACCAUGAUCAGCAUGCGGGGAAAAACCAUCACUCAUGGAUUCAUAAAUUAAUCAUAAGUCAUUCAAGCUUAUUUUACUUAUUUAAUUACGGGGAAGUAUGCUGAACUCUACAAAUGAACUGGAGUUUUCCGAAGAAGAAAUAAAAAAUGAAAUAUCAAAAAUCACUUCCCUAGAACAGACGGAAGAUUUGGGAUCCAAAGAAAAGAGUGGAAUAAGUUUAAAUGAAAAAAAUGGCUAUCAGGAUACUGUUUAUAUAAAGGCAGCUAAUAUUUUUCAGGGCAUUAAAAUUGAAAAGGCACCGGACAAAGUUUUGGUAAGGUAUGGCAAUGAGCCAGUGCUGUCCUUGCCGGAUUUUGAAGAUGAGCAAUCCCAGCGUUUAUCCUAUGAACUAGCUUUCAGUGCUCUGAAAUAUCAAGAUAUUUUGGAAAGUAUAUUAAUAGACAGCUGUUUCUACCCAAAUGUAUCAAUACCAGAUGCUUUGACCAGCCUUGUUGUUGUGAUGCUGUAUGACUUCCAAGACAGAAAAUUUCAAAGUCGACUCAUUUCUAAUGAACAAGCAAUUUCAGAAGUUCAAGAAGUAGAGAAUCUUCUUAACAGUUUUAAAACAAAAUUGGCUGCAGCUCUGGCAAGAUGUCGAAUUAAACAUGAUGCUCUUUCAAUUUACCACAUUCUACCAGAAACUGUUAGAAAACAGGAACAAAGAGCUUCUACUUUGCCACUUUAUGCUUGGAUAAAUACUUGCAAAAUCAGUCCCGAAGAUAUUUGUGAUGAUUUGAUGAAAGAAGGAUUCAUUAGAGUCAAAUCCGCAUUUGACCUUGACUGUAAAUCUUUUUGUAUGGACCAACAUUGCAGUGAUGUCUUAAUUUUCCCAUCUCAUCUUAAAAGCGAACUUCUUAAUAUAGAACUUUGCACAGAGUAUAAACUUUUAUUUCAGGAUAAAUCUCGAAGUCUUGCUGUCCAUUCUGUAAAGACCUUACUGAAUAUGGAUGAUGACAUCUUACUGGUUAACAUGGGUUCCUGGUACACUGUUGCUCAUAUGUCAACAUUGACGAAUCAAAGUACCUCAAAAAUAUAUGUAUGCGGAGUAAAAUCACAAGCUAAGGAAUCAGAAAUGAAGGAGCUUUUUACAAAUAUGGGAUGUAAAAAUAUUGAGCUGCUUCAUGAAAAUUUUAUUGACAUUGAAACAAAAGAUCAAAGGUUACAAAAAGUUAAAGUUAUUCUUCUACUACCUCGGUGCUCAGGACUGGGUGUUAGCAAUCCAAUAGAAUUUAUUUUAAAUGAGAAUGAAGAUGCAGACUUGCUUAAAGAUCAUUCUCAAGGAUCUAUUGCAGAAGAUAAACUUCAUAUUCUUGUGGAACAGCAAUAUGAACAGCUAAAACAUGCAAUGAAGUUUACCAAAGCACAAGCAAUUGUUUACUGCACAUGUUCAGUUUAUCCAGAAGAAAAUGAAGCUGUUGUUAAAAAAGCCCUGGAACUUGGAGUUGAAGGGAAUAAUAAAGUGCAGCCUUAUAGGCUCAGUCCUCCUGUACUUCCACUAUGUUCCGUAAAAGAAAUACAUUCAUCUACUGAUAAAUUUUUCAAAGUAGAACCAUCUGAAAUUACCAACGGUUGUUUCCUUGCUGUCUUAACAAGAGAGCGGGAUCCAUCUGAGACAGUAUCUGUCAAAGACGUUUUGGCACGUGCUGCGGCAAAAGGAUUGCUAGAUGGUAUUGAGUUAGCCAAAACCUCAAAAAGGGAGAAGAAGAAAAAGAAGUCCAAAACAACACUGACAAAAGCUUCUGUUAAUGAGAACAUGAGUACACAAAUAAAAAUUGCAGAGUUUCUGAACCGAGAAUUGAGACCGCAUGUUAAUCGUUCAGUGGAGACAUUAACGACCAAACCGUGUGCUCCCCAGAAAAACGCAACUCAAACGAGUACUGCUCCUGUACAGAAAAAAGCUGUCAAGAUGCCCCCCUAUGCUUUGAUGCCCACUACACUAAUGAAGAACAUGCCUUCCACGUCCAAGAUGUCCGAGAGACAGAUGAGCACCGUGAGGCCACGGCCUGAGGAUAAAAUGGUGGCGCUGAAACCUGUGGAGAUUGUUUUGCCUCCAGUAAUGAUGCCGUACGCAGGUGCCCAAAUCAACAAGAACCAGAUUCCAGCACAUUUCUAUUACCGGUGGAUUGGAGGCAAGGCCAGCAGCUUCGUUACGCCUGCAACAGCCAAAAAAUUGGAAAAACCUAAAGAAAACUUACCUUCCUCUGCAGUGAGGCAUUCUCAACCAUGGCUUUGAUCAUCAUCUGUUAUUUUCCCGGGGUCAGAGGGCAGAACGCUUAUCUACCAAAUUUGAUCCUUCUCUAAAGGUUAAAUAUCCUAGCAUAGAUAUUUAUCCUUUAGGUCUUCGAGCCCAAAUCUAAAUGGGACACUACAGUCAGAGAAUUAAGAUAAGUGACAAUAAUGUAGUCCAGGAAAUUAAGCAAAGCGUGCACCACACUGGGUAACUCAGUGCGUUUCCCCUUAGAACACAGCAGCUCUAGAUUCGAUAGCAGUUGUUAGACUUUUAUUACUUCUGUAACUUGGUCAUUAGGACAUCAAUUUUAAAAAGAAACUUGAGAAGUAGUAUCUUACCUGAAGAUAAUUAUUUUUUAUCCUACCCACCAAGUUUAUUUAAGAGCUUAACUUUUAAGGAGACAGUUAUAGAAGCAGUUACAGGAAAGAUGCUGACCCUCUCACACGAAAUUUAGACUCUUAAUUCAGCAUACUUUGCGUCUUGCUGUAACUUUACGAGACAGCAUGUCCGGCCUUUCAGCUGAACUGUUGUCUGGAAGGGAGCGAGAUCGCUUUGUACUGAUAUUGAGAAUGAUUAUAUGCAGGAAAAACAAGAGGUUCCCACAACCCUAUGGGCUGUAUAGAAUCAUAUUCAUAUUCAACACUUCUUAUAAGGUGAACUUUCCAGGGUCCUGAGCAGGGUAAAAUAGGCAUAGCUCUCUUGACCACUUAAGCCAAAUGCUGUUUUAAAUAAUGACUGAAAGCAAGUUUACUCCUAACUAUUAUCAAUUCUAAGAAGAUGUAAAAUCGUUGGAUCCAAGUAACACCAGUGGUUGAAGAAACCCCUAAAGAUUCCUAGUUCCACAUAAGAGAUCAGGUGAAAUGUGAAAAGCUACAAGUCAUUUCAAAUUGAAAACAGUAAUCACACUUUGGCAAAUCAUUUCUGUUGCACAAUCUGCUAAAAUGUAGCAUUUUUUAAAUGAUAUUAAAUGCCAAUUCAUCUUCUAAGAAGAUGAAUGCCCACUAAGAAUGUCAAUUCUGGAUCUACUGACUUUUUUCAUCAUGGCAACAGAAAUUGUUUGACAGUAAGUAGAACAAAUUAUAACUUUAGUGGCUUUUAAAAAAAUACUGUUCAAAAAACAGUUUCAUAAAGUCUGAAUUUAAAUGAUGUUCUAUACUCAGAGUUCAGUAGUGUUGAACAGUGUUGUGUAAAUUACUCAUUUCUAAAUAUUUAAUUCAGGUGGAUACUAUAGUUUUAAAAUACCUUAGAUGGUAUAAUUGUAGUAGCAUGUAAAUGUGUUAAAAAUGAAAUCUUAGCUAUAUAUUUGGAAAAAAAGGAAUUGUGAUUUUUCAUUUUAACUAAUAAAUUAUUUUCUAUUUUAGUUGGAGGUUUACAUUGUUUCAUAGGUUAAAUAUUAAUGAAAAAAUAAAAGGGCUCUUCUUUUUUUACAUGGGAAAACAGUAUGUUAUCUGGAAUCUUCAAAGGAAGAGCUCUUUUGUACCAAUUAUGAUUUUUAAAUUUUGUCAAGGAGUAUAGCGGUAUUCUUUUAUCUUAACAUCAUGAAUGUAUAAAUCAUGAACCACAAAUACCAGAGUCUAUCCAAGUACCAUAUGUGUUCAUCCUCCCCCUUAACCUAGAACUUUAGAAUUCUCAAUGCUUCCAUGAACAUGUUUUACUUAACAAUUUUGUUUCAUCUUGGCAACAAAAAGCCCACUAUUUCCCAUAGCUCUAGUAUUCCAUUUUCCACGGGUAGUUCUAAGACUUUAUGUCUGCUUGCUCUGUUGAAAAAAAAUUAGGGCCCUUUUCCCAACUUCUACUGCAUCUGGUUUUUGAAGUUCUGUUAGAACUUUUAGCUGUUUGUUUUUAGUAUUUUGAUUAAUAUUUAAAUCAUUGCACUAAGUUAUUUCAAACUUUUCUCUUUACAUUUAGCAUUAUAUGAACUUUCUAUAUUAAACAAUUGUCUAAUUAAACCUGCAAGCUUUUUUUUUUUACUGUAAAGCUUUUAAUAAGAACAUGAUAGAGCUUUUAUGAUAAAGCAGUGAUAUAUUUUUAAAAAUUAAAGAAAAGAAAAUACCACAAAGAAGUGUUUCCUACCUGGAGGCUAAGCCAGAAGCUUAGACAUUGAGACACUGAAUCUUGUUGGUCUGGAGAUGAGCAGCAUUAUCAGAAUUUUGUAUCAGCUCUUAUAUUGUGGAGAUAGCAAUGCAUUGCUAUCUUCACUCAAUCUAUGUAAGAUCUCUUGGACCUUCGGGAGACUUGUGCCAUCCAACCUCAGGCACUCCUGUGUUCGAUUUCAGAGUGACGUAGGUGUCCACAUCCCUCAAGUGAAAGAGUUUUGAUUGAGUGGUUCUAUAAUCUGGAUUUGAUGUUACAUCAGAUUAUCUCUUUGUAGUCCCUGAACCAAGACUAUUUUAAAAAGCUAAAUGUGAAAGCAUUUAAAAUGACAGAGUGCUGGUCACACACAACCAGUUAAUUCUUUUGGAAAGUGAAAAUACAAGUUUUCUUCUUAUGUUUUUGGGACGUGAAGUACAUUUCAAUAUCCUUGAGAAAAAAAGCUGAAUAUUAUGGCCAAACUUGAUGUGUUGCUCUAGAAAUCAGGAGGAGAUCUGCAGAGGACAUGUUGUGGAAUGAGUACUUGUGAGUUAUAAAGAUAAAGAAAGGUGAAAAGACACAAGGAGGACAAACUGAUUGUGUUAAUGACUGUCCUGGUUAAUAGGAAGGGACCAGUUGGUCUCUUAGUUCUUUCAUGUUAUGGUAUAUCAUCACCUAAGUGAGAAAUCAGAUAGUUGUUUUUUUUUUAUCAAAAAAUUCCAUUUGUGUUUAGUGCUUAGAAAAGACUACCAUCUCAGGUUGUCAUGGUAAAUUUAAGAUAACACUUCCUUUCCCUUCUCAACCAGACUAUGCUAGACUAACCCUUCUUUAGUGAGACCAGUUCAACUGCAUUUAAAAAAAAAACUUUUUAUUUGUACCUACUAACUGUGUGGCCCUAUUGUUAGAAGCUGGAGAUACAAAGAUGAGGAAUAACAAAGAGCUGCUCCCGUAAGGAGGUGACAGUCUAAGAAGAUCUAGGAAAGGACUGUAAGAAAUACCAAGGUGAAUUCCCUUUCAGCCAAGGUAGGGCACAUACUUCGGGGAGUCUGAAUUAGACCUUGAAGGGAAAUAUUUCAGCAGAUGGAGAGUCGGAGGGACAAAUUCCAAACAUGAAGGAAAGACAGCUUAUGGGAGUGUGCUAAGAUGGGAGAGGGCCAAGAAGAGCUCAGACAAUAGCUAGUUCUUCAAUUUGUAUUUUAUCAGAUAGGCAACAAGAAACCACCAGAGGUUUUUGAGGAGGAUUAUGACAUGAUCAUACCUGGAAAUUACACUGAUUAUUUUGGCAACUGGUGAAGAAUGGAUCAAAGAGGGGAGAGAUGAGGCCAGUUAAGAGGCUAUUAUUAAAUUUAAGAAAAAGGCAAGGCAAGGUGGCAAUUUGAGAGGAAAGAAGAGGUCAGCUAUUUGAGUUACUGAGGAAGUAAAAAACAGGGACUGAGGGAGUGGGAAAAAUCAAAGAUGACAAUUUAAGCCUGGAGAAUGCUAUUGCCAACAGCAAAAAUAGAGAUCAACUGAAAAUUCAGACCCGGAGCUCAAUAGCGAAACCAGGAUUGGUUAGCUAGAUGUUGUAGUUGUCUACAUAAAGGUGAUGAUUGAACAUCAAGAUGAGAUUGCCAAGGGACAAAAUGUAUAGAACAGAAAAGAGGCCAAGGGCAGAACCUCUGUGGGACACUCACACUUAAGGCUCGAAAGAUGAUGAACCAGUGAAGGAGACUGAGAAGGCGUAAGCUGGAGGAUCAGAAAAUGGUACUGUCAUUGAAACCAAGAUAGAAAAGAUGGCAUGUUCAAGAGUUGCAUAGGUUACAGAAGGAGUCAAAGAAAAUAAGAAUUUAGACUGUUGGUCUUUAGCAAUUAAAAGAUGACCAGACUCCUUGUAGAUGGCUGCUGCAUUAAAGUACUUGUAGUUGGAUUGAGGGGGAAUGGGAGGGAAGCAAGUAUAGACUAAACUUAAUAGAAUUUGAACAGAAGAGUUAACUUUUGCUUCUCUGUCCAAACAAGAUCUGUCCCUUUUCUGGCUGCUCAGAGUGUACUAUCCUGGCAUUUUAUUCAGAAUUUGAAUACACCAUUAAUGUUUAAUUAAUUAAAGUUUUGUCUGGGAGAAGUGGCAAGAACCAAUUUAAUCAAGGCCUUCAUCUAUAAUUAAAUAUGGAAAAAGAUAACAGCAGACAUCUUAGAUGACUAAAUGGAUGUUUCAAAACAGCUCAAUUUUGGAAAAGAAACCCAAACAAAAAAGCCAACAUAGACUAAACGUGCUUAAAUUUCUUCCCUCCCCCCUAAAUAUGACUUCCAUUUUUUGGAGAUAAAUGAGUCAAACAUUUUAUGCAGCUAAGUUUAUUCUCACAACAAAUUACAUUUAAAUGUGUAAAAGUGAUCAACAGCAAAAGGAAUAAAAUAAAGCAAAACAAACGUUUCUUUUUGGAGUAAGCUGCUUUGAUUAGAAGUGAGGUCUUUAACAUGAUAAACAGUGAGCCAGAGUCCUUCCCCAAAGCUCCAGCUUCCUUUUGCUGACUGCACAGCACAAGUUUGAGCCACAUAUUAAGAUAACUAAGCUUGCAGAAUACAGAACUAAUAACAUUUUUAAUAGUAAAGCUGAACUACCAUCAGCUUUGGAAGUAAAAAACUUCAAAAAAGGCUUUCAUCCAGGUUGCAGUGCAGAAGAAACAAUUUGUUUGCUACUACACAGGAGAAGGAAGAAAGGUUUAGGGUUUGUAGCAAAUUAGUGCAGAAUAGUCUUAGAACUUUCCAUUUUGAAAGCAGAGCAGAAUUUUUUUGUUGUGAAGCUUGAGGUUGCUGUGCCCACAGUUUAUCAUCUAAGAACUCAUUAGAAUGGAAGUGGGAUUAAUAACCCAUCAUGCAUUUUAAAAUAGUAUUCUAAUUAGUUGUAGAUGGUCUUCUGUUGAAUGGGGGGGGAGGGGGCAUGUAUACAGUUUAAAAAGAAACAGCAAUAUUUUAAAGAACACUAAAAAGUAACAAUUUAGUGUUUCAGUCUGCAAAGUAAAAGCUUAAGCUAAAGACGGUGUUGGCUACAUUUUCCUUGUUCCCAAGGAGCGUAUUAUGAGGUGGUAUGUCUGCAUCUAUCUUUCUAAUUGCUUUUUAAAAAAUAAAAGAAAUGAACUUUACACAUUUUGCCAUUUCUUCUACAUACUCCAAUAAAAAUAUGACUACAAAUCAUUACAAAACCACCUUUUAGGUAACCUAUAAUACACGGAGAUUACUUAGAACUGGAUACAUUGUGAAAUAAUGUCCAGUAAAGAUAAUACAUUAACAUAAUAAUGCAGUAUAUUUCAGUAAAAAUAGAAUAAAUAAAAUAAAAAUAUUUUAAGCUGUAUUUAACAGGUUAAUUCAAAAAUGACACAAGACAUACAAGGCAUAGUGCACAUGGCUGCCUGCUUACAGAAUCACUAGAUAGAAAGAAUGCAUAGAUAACUGAAGUGUCACUACAACAUUGGGUAAAACAUUGGUAUUCUCUCGCUCAAUCUCACACUCGCACACACACACAUCCAAGCACCCAAGCAUCUACUUCAUACAUCCUUUUUGGCCAUGGCAGAAAGUGUCAGAACAUACUGUUUAAAAUAAUCAGUUUUAUAAAAUUAAUUAGCAUUUAGGUAAAUAUGCAAAGCUAUUUUAAAAGCAAAAUAUCUGCAAAUAUGUUUCAUAUGUAAUGUCUAUUAUUUGUCUUAAUGCUUCCUAUAAUUGCAUAUAUAUAUAUAUAUAAAUCAGUUUGUUGCUCAAAGCUAAGCUCAGUGUUCUUGAUCCUGACAACACAACAAAAGCCUUGAAAAAUAAAGAUAAACUUGUAGUUCUGAUGGAAUUUUUCUAAAUGAAAGUGGCUUAUUUGAUUUUUUAAAAAAAGUUUAUACUGAAUGUCAUUUUGCCUUGGAAAUCACUGAGUUGGAAUGUCAACAUGAUGGAGUCCUGGGUGGAAUUCUGAACGGUAAUUUCUUAAAAGGACAGAGGGUUUCCAUAAUUUUGAAUUUCCUUCUUGACACACCACUGGCCAUUUCAGUUGGGGGACGCCAGUAGUGGCCAGAAUUAUUAAGUGUAAACUACCCAACUAGUGAUCUGGAACUCAGUGAGCCCUGUUAGUUAGUUAGGGGAUCUGGAAGAAAAUUACAUUAAUGACUAACAUUAGGAGACCAACCACCAAUUGCCUUAAAAACUAAUCAAAAUGUGCUAAAUAGCAGAAUGAAGUCCUACUAACUUCAAUUUACUGACAAAGUUACAUAGAUUGAAAUAAGUCACAUAGACAGAAACAUCCUUAGGAUCCCCAAAUAUAUUUUUCCAGAAGAGAUAUGUGAAUGAGUUGGGAAAUUCAUGUAGCUCUUGCUUCUCUAUGGAAACUCUUAUUUUCGUGGGGUGGGAAACUGACUCUACAGGAAAUUCUUCUGCACAAAUAUACUCAGUAUCACCUGGACAUCUUUUGUUUUCCUGUUUGUUUAAUAUGAAUUCCAGAAUUGCCUGAAAACUAAUCUUUCCAUCGUGGUGGUUUUUAUUAUUAUACUUUUUUUUUGCAUUUGUCCUCAGGCUUUUGAAAGGACUCUUAUGACUGCUAUGGAGUCCUCCUGGUAGAGUAGAAAGGACACUGGGAUAAGGGUCAGGAGGGCCUGGGUUGGCAUCCAGGCUCUCUCAUGUCCUGGCCUCAGGCAAGUCACAACUUAUCUGGGAUUCAGAGUUUUUAUUUUUCCCAAUUUGUCACCAGCUUUGUCAAACUCACAUGAGAUAAUGAUGGAAAAAAAUGCUUUGAAAGGUGUUAGGUAUGUAAGGGGAUGAUGAUACUGCUGUAAUCAGAAAUGAAAAAAAAAUGAAAUUUCAUGUUCUAAACCAAACACAUAUGACCAAUUUCAUCACCUUAAUAAUGCUGCCUUUUGAAAUAAGAGCAUCAGUAAGUCUAGAUUUUUCUAUCAGUUGGGUCAUAUGUUUAGAUAGAAACAAAUAGGCAGAAAAUUUUGGGUAAAGUACUCUGUUCUAUCUAGGAAUAUUUUGUUCUGAUCUGAAAUAAAAAAGAAUAUUUCAAAAUUUAAGAACAAUUAGAAACCAAAAAAAAAAAAGAGGAAAA